AUGAAUUCAAUACAUCGAAGCGAGGAAAUGUGCCUGGUUCAGUUGUUUCUUCAAAACGAAGCGGCUUAUUUAUGUGUUGCUGAACUUGGCGAAAUUGGGCUUGUGCAAUUCCGAGAUUUAAAUGCUGAAAUUAACGCUUUUCAACGCAAAUAUGUAAGAGAAGUUCGUCAUUGUGACGAAAUGGAACGAAAAUUGAGAUUUUUGGAACGCGAAAUAAAAAAGGAUGGAAUUGUAAUGGUCGAUACUGGGGAGAAUACGGAAGUUCCCUUACCUAGGGAAACGUUUGAUUUGGGGGCAACCUUUGAUAAAUUAGAAAGUGAAUUGCGUGAAGUCAACCAAAAUGAGGAAAUGCUUCGGAAAAAUUUUGCUGAAUUGACAGAACUUAAACACAUUCUUAGAAAGACGCAACAGUUUUUUGAUGAGGUCGAAUACGAACACAAAAGUUUUGGACGUCUUCAUGGUUCCAUUCGACCCAAAAGGCCACAAACAGUUAUUGAGACUCCUCUUGACGAACUGGAGCCUCUUCUUGUAUCUGGUGGACAUUUGACUGAAUUUAGAGGGCGCUUGAAAUUAGGAUUUGUUGCUGGUGUUAUUCAACGUGAACGUUUACCAGCCUUUGAACGUCUUCUUUGGCGAGCCUGUAGAGGCAAUGUAUUUUUGCGACAGGCAGAAAUUACCGAACCUUUGAGUGAUACAAUGACUGGGCUAGAAGUUCAAAAGGCUGUCUUUAUCAUAUUCUUUCAAGGAGAUCAAUUGAAAAGCAGAGUGAAAAAAAUUUGUGAAGGUUUUCGUGCGACAAUAUAUCCUUGUCCAGAUUCUCCUCAAGAACGCAGAGAAAUGUCAAUUGGUGUUAUGACACGUAUAGAAGAUUUAAAAACUGUUUUGGGACAGACACAAGAUCAUCGACAUCGUGUUCUGGUCGCUGCUGCUCGUAAUGUUCGUACUUGGCUUACAAAAGUUAGAAAAGUCAAAGCAAUUUAUCACACCUUAAAUUUAUUCAAUUUGGAUGUAACUCAAAAAUGUUUAAUUGCUGAAUGUUGGUGUCCAGUUGCUGAACUUGAUCGAAUUCAAUUGGCAUUAAAGCGUGGAAGUGAUGAAAGUGGAAGUUCAGUGCCAUCAAUUCUUAACAAAAUGGAAACUUUAGAGCAACCUCCAACUUUUCAUCGAACCAAUAAAUUUACUCGUGGUUUUCAAAAUAUAGUAGAUUCUUAUGGAAUUGCUAGUUAUAGAGAAAUAAAUCCUGCCCCCUAUACAAUGAUUACUUUUCCUUUCUUAUUUGCUUUAAUGUUUGGUGAUUUGGGCCACGGAUUAAUUAUGUUUCUUUUUGGAUUAUACCUUGUAUUAAAAGAGAAAAGAUUGGAAGCUGCUCGGAUUAAUGAUGAGAUAUUCCAAAUGUUUUUCUCUGGUCGCUACGUAAUUUUUCUGAUGGGCCUUUUCUCUAUCUACACUGGCUUUAUUUACAAUGAUGUUUUUAGCAAAUCAUUUAACAUCUUUGGAACUUCAUGGGGUGCUACUGAUGAAUAUCAUAAUUAUACAGGCGAUCCUGAAAAAAUGCUUGUACUUCCUCCACAUAUUGCUUAUUCAUCUCCGCCAUACCCUUUUGGUGUCGAUCCAAUUUGGAAUUUGGCAGAAACCAACAAACUAAAUUUUUUAAAUUCAAUGAAAAUGAAAGGUUCAGUAAUUAUUGGAAUUAGUCAAAUGGCGUUUGGGAUUGCUUUGAGUUAUUAUAAUUUCAAACAUUCAGAAUCUUAUUUGGACAUUAAUUUUACUUUUAUUCCACAAGUUAUAUUUCUUUCGUGCAUCUUUGUUUAUCUCUGUUUGGAAAUUGUGGCAAAAUGGCUUUUCUUUAAUAACGAGGGAAAAUAUUAUUUUCUUGGAAAUUAUUAUCCAGGCGCUAGAUGUGCACCUUCUCUACUUAUUGGGCUUAUAAAUAUGUUUAUGAUGAAAUCGAGAAAAACUGGAUUUACGAUAGACGAUGAGAGUAGAGAACCUGGUCCAAAUUGUCAUCUAAAUUAUUGGUAUCCUGGACAGGGUUUUUUCGAAUCAAUUUUCAUUCCCAUUUCUAUUGGGUGCAUCUUUGUCAUGUUAUUUGCCAAGCCUUACAAGCUUUGGCAACAACAAAAACAACGUUUAUAUGGUGGUCAUACUAAUUUGAGUGUCCAUGCCAACUUAAGCGAAGAUGGUGCUGAAGUUAUUCAUCAUGGAGGAAAUUCAACAACACCCAAGAAGGAUUUAAAAGAAUUUGAUUUGGGUGAUACUUUUGUUUAUCAAGCAAUUCACACAAUUGAAUUUGCGCUUGGAUGUAUUUCUCAUACUGCUUCUUAUCUUCGUCUUUGGGCACUUUCCUUGGCCCAUGCACAAUUGUCCGAUGUUCUCUGGACAAUGGUUUUUCGUAUGGGAUUACUUCAAGGAGGAUACUUGGGUGCCGUACUGACGUACUUUGUUUUUCUUGUUUUUGCAACUAUGACAGUCUUUAUUCUUGUUUUAAUGGAAGGACUUUCAGCAUUUUUACAUGCUCUCCGUCUUCAUUGGGUUGAAUUUCAAAGCAAAUUUUAUGCUGGAACAGGCCAUUUAUUUAUGCCAUUUUCGUUUAUAACUGUGUUAGAAGAGGCUAGGAUUGCUGAAGAAACUUUUAAUUGAGUUGAAUAUAUUCCUUUUUAUGAGGUUUUGUUUUUAAAUUUUUAAAAAGGUAAUCAUUUGAAAUUUUUUCGCAGUCUUCCCUCUUUUUUGAAUCAACUUGAGGGUCAUAUCCAAGGAUUUGAGCGGAUUAAGACAGAUUUGGGCGGAUUAAGGGGCAUUAAGAUGGGAAUUCUCUCGUGCAACUGUCAUAUAAGGCAAAAGGGAGCAGGCCUGUAUUCUUGAUCUUGAGUCUCCUUCACCUGCCAAAUAUUUGGAUUAGACCUUCUGGACCACCCUCUUUUUAAAAAUGAUUACUUGAUGAGGAAAUACUUGCUAAAAAUUGCUUUUAACAUUCCCUAAAAUUGUAAGAUUGGCAAUUAUUCGAGGAACUGAAAAAUUACACGACUUGAAACAAGUCCAAAUAGCCCAAAUAUUCAGUCCUUAUAAUUGUUCCUUUGCUUAUUGUAAUUG